GCAGGACAGUGCUCGCUAUUCUAGGGGUAUAAAAGAGAACCACUCCACUCGGUAGGCAUCAGUUUCAGUUUCCUUUUGGAUCGAUAACAACCUCAACGUAGCACGAUGGCACCGAAAACCAGCGGAAAGGCCGCCAAGAAAUCCGGCAAGGCCCAGAAGAACAUUGUCAAGGGUGACAAGAAGAAGAAGAAGCAGCGCAGGAAGGAAAGCUACGCUAUCUACAUCUACAAGGUGUUGAAGCAAGUCCACCCGGACACUGGCGUCUCGUCGAAGGCUAUGAGCAUCAUGAACAGCUUCGUCAACGACAUCUUCGAACGCAUUGCCGCCGAAGCCUCCCGUCUGGCUCACUACAACAAGCGCUCGACUAUCACCUCUCGCGAAAUUCAGACCGCCGUCCGUCUUCUGCUCCCAGGAGAGUUGGCCAAGCACGCCGUUUCCGAAGGCACCAAGGCCGUCACCAAGUACACCAGCUCCAAGUAAAUGACGACCAGUACCGGAUAAUCGCAUCAAAACCAAAAGGCCCUUUUCAGGGCCACUAUACCAUUCCAAAAAAGAGUUAAUUUUGAAAUAAUGACCCUUCGAACCGACUUGCGACACUUACGACCCAUUCAGGGACGUACCCUACACACAUUUUUUGCUGCACAUGAGUGGAACAAACCAACCCUGAGCAAGCUUUGGCUUAGCAAACUGCUGUUCAGCUAGUUCUGUUUCUCGGGUGCU